UAGUAAAAUGUGAAGUUUUGAUGUCUUCAUUAUACUUUGCUUUAUUUUUGAAAUUUUCUAGAACUAACAUACAUUAUUGUUAAAAAUUAAUUUUAUUUUUAAGCCAUCUUAUAAACUUAAAAAAGGUAUAAACUUAAACUUACAAACUUAAAAAAUUAUGAUAGAACUCUUAAAGAAAGUAAAUAGAAAUCCAUAAUAGUUGCUUGUAGAGAUUAAAACUAGGGAUAUUAAAAGGAAUGGCAUUAAGAUGGAAAUUUAUUUUGUUUAAAUCAGUUUAUUUGUCCAUUCUAAAACUAUUGAGUACCUGUUAUGUGCCAGGCAUCUUGUUAGGUGAUAUACAUAUAAAGAUCAGUGCUAUACUAAUUCUAUCGUCAAGGAAUUUAGUCUGGUGGAAAAAUCAUAAAUGAAAUGAUAAGAUAGUAAAUCAUGGUAAUUCCAGUGCUGAUGAUGUGGACAGGACACUUUGGGAUUCCUCCCCAGAUAGCCAGCCAGUGAGGGAAGUGGAUGAUUAUAGGUGGCUUCCUGGACCCUGAGCUGAGUUUUCAUUUAUUCCAUUCCUCUUACUGGAAAAUAUUUAUAAAUUUUUGUCUUCUUCCACAUUUUAGCUGGAAUACAGCAAUGGCGAUCAGAAGGUAAAAUAGCCGUAUGGCUGCACAUUCCCAUCCUCCAAAGCCGAUUUAUUGCCCCUGCUGCUUCCCUGGGCUUCCGCUUCCACCACGCAGAAUCGGAUUCAUCAAUGCUUACACUGUGGCUGGGAGAAGGGCCCAGCAGAUUACCAGGCUAUGCCACACAUCAAGUAGGAGUUGCAGGAGCUGUAUUUGAUGAAAAUACUAGGAAAAUAUUGGUUGUGCAAGAUCGAAAUAAAUUAAAAAAUAUGUGGAAGUUUCCAGGAGGCCUGUCAGAGCCUGGAGAAGAUAUUGGAGACACAGCAGUUCGAGAAGUUUUUGAAGAGACUGGUAUAAAAUCAGAAUUCAGAUCCCUCCUGAGUAUUCGGCAACAGCACGCCAAUCCAGGAGCUUUUGGGAAGUCAGAUAUGUAUAUCAUCUGCCGCUUAAAGCCAUGUUCAUUCACCAUAAAUUUUUGCCAGCAUGAAUGUUUAAGGUGUGAGUGGAUGGAUCUCAGUGACCUGGUCAAGACUGAAAAUACGACUCCCAUCACCAGCAGAGUUGCUAGGCUGAUGCUGUAUGGGUUCAGAGAAGGAUUUGACAAGAUCGAUCUGACCAUGGAAGAACUCCCAGCAGUUUACACAGGCCUGUUCUAUAAACUCUAUCACAAGGAACUCCCAGAGAGUUACAAAACUAUGGCAGGAAUGUACUAAAUUCACAUUUGCAUGUUUAAAAAGUUUCAAAGUAAAUUUACAUAUAGAUUAAUGUGUGCCACAUUACAAGAAGUAGUGGACAUUUUGAGUAAUUAACUAAAUAUCUGACUUUAAUUUUCUAAUGUGUAUGGUUUUUAUGAAGAAAAUUUGUUUAUAAAUGUGCACAUUUUGAAAGCCCCUUUUCAAAUAAAGUAAAUG